AUGGCGCGGCAAUUGCUGGCCGAGGCGGGCUAUCCCGACGGGUUCGACAUCACGCUUCGGACCUUCACAACGGCGCCGGGAGCGGAAUUGCCCCUGAUGGCCGAGGCAGUGGCGCUUUAUUGGCAGGAUGUGGGCGUCAACGCGACCAUAGAGCCGGUUGACUGGCCGUCGCUUCGCACCGAAUGGACCGAGGGGCAGGCCAAUGACUAUGUGUGGACCCACCGCGGUUUUCCGUUUGCCAGCGCCGCCAACGGGCUCGAGGCAGGUUUCAUGCAAGACAGCCUGUUUGCGAGCUUCACUUCGCCUGAACUUGAGGCCAUGAUCCAGCAGUUCUCAGGUGAAGAAGACGCCGAGACCCGCGAGCAGCUCUUUACCGAGAUCGGGCAGUAUCUGCGCGAUGAGGCGGCUGCGGUGUUCAUCGCUCUGGCCAACGAGCCCUAUGGCGUGAGCGACAAGGUUGGCGAGUGGGACAUCACCACCGCCUAUGUUUGGAACUUCGAUCAGGCCACAAAGGCCCGAUAG